AUGCUGAACUUCAGUGGAACUACUAAGAGAAGGAAUGUGAACUUGAGAUCAUCUAAGAGGGCAUCGAAGAAUGAUUUGAUAGAGAACGCGAGACUGGAGAGGGAAAGAAGAGCAAAGGAAAAGCGAGCAAGGGAUGCCGCGAUCUUAAUACAAAAAUAUAUAAGGAGUUGGCAGACAAAGAAAUGUUUAUUUCGAAAUAUAAAUCUUGAAGGGUUGAAGGACAGUUCUUAUGGACUUUUAUUGGCAUUUUCUCCGACUUUGUUUCAUUUCAUUUCUGUUGAUAAUGUUAAACUGCUUAUUGAAAACUGUCAAGUAAAUACUUCCACGAUAUAUUGGAAAUUAAACCAAUUGUUAGGUAUAGUUCCUGAAUAUGGUGUUGACAUAGGAAUCCUAAAUGUAUUAUUGGAUAAAUUGAAUUCCACGAGUUUUGAUGUACAUUCUAUAAGAAGUGUUGGCGAAGGCGAGGAUAAUGAAAGUGUUAUUAAGCAUCGUGUGAAAAAGCUAGUUGAUUCGAGGCUUGCUAUUAUAAGAUGUACUAAAGAGGAGUUGGAAAUGGAUUUCAUUAGGGCUUUAUUAAAAGUAGUGCCUAGAGAUCUAAAGGUUAUGGAUCGGGAAACUCCUUAUUGGUCUUCUUUACUAACUAUUGAAUUAGAUUCUGUAGCGACACGGCAGAACUUGGAGCUGUUUUUAAAGGCAGUACUGGAAAGAAUUGACCCUGCUAUAAUCAGAUUUGAGGAGGUUCCUCCAAUGGAUACCAUAUACUACCUUAUAUAUCUGUUAAGUGGAACUAGCGGUGAUGCUUCAAAUAGGCUGUGUGAGAUAAUAGCCUUGCAAAUAGACAGAGAUCCAUUGUUUAAAUUUGAAGAGAAACACGAGUUUUUUCGAUAUGUGGAAAACCUAUACUCUUAUAAAGUUGCUGGUACCCUCUGUGAAUACUUUCGGACCAAGUCCGUUGCUAAAGCCAGUCGCUACGCGAAUGCUCUACUACGGCGUGCUCCUAGUUCUCGAAACUCAGAAGUAAUAUUGCUGGGCUUGGUUGCAGAUUUUAUUGCAAUGAAUUUAUUAAUUGGAGAAUGUGUCGAGAAGGGUACCAACGACGGACAAGAGUUUAUUCUAUUGGUGGAUUGCCUAGAUAUGUACUUGUCGUAUGUUAGCGACAGUGUUUUACUAGGCCCAAAGAGUAGCUUUGCUACAAAUGCAGUCAUUAAAUUCUGCAAAAUUGCAAGAUUGAAAGUGAUAGAUUUUCUGCUACUUCCUACUAGCGACUACGACAAGCAUCAGCUGCAUCGUUUAUUAUCUUUGCUGCAGAAACUGCAGAUCAGAAACUCUAGAACACCAUUCUUAGAGAAAGAGGAUGGUUCAAAUUUCUGGCUUAUUGACAAUGCUACAGUGCUAAGAUGUGAUAUCACCUCCCUUGUAAUAGCAUUCGACGAGUUUUACCGCAAUGAGAUGGAUGAGCUCAUGGAUAGCGAAAAUAACUUAAAUGAUCCACGAAUGAUAGACAAAACACAGUGGGAGAAAAUCGUGAAGGCUAAGUUCUUCACAAAAAAGCUAUCGAACUCAAACUGGGGCUCUCUAGCUUCCAGAAAGUUCGAUGUCCUUCUCAGAGCGCCUUUCUUGCUUCCAUUCAACGAUAGAGUUUCCUAUUUUGAAAAGUUGAUCCAACAAGAUAGGGAACGGUUACAAUCAAGGCUAGAGGGCAGCCCUAUGAUGCGGUUUACAAACUUUUACUUCCCCAAUGCUCGCCGCCGCAGUGCAACUAUUUCAAGAGAGAAUGUGUUGGAGGAUGCGUUCGCUGCAUAUAAUCCUAUCGGUGAGGCCUUCAAAGAGCAGCUGGCUGUCACUUUUGUAAACGAGUUUGGACCCGAAGCAGGAAUUGAUGGUGGAGGCAUUACGAAAGAGUUCCUCACAAGUGUUAGUGACCAAGGCUUUAAUAACGACAAGUAUGGAAUCUUUAAAACUAAUGACCGGUAUGAGCUAUACCCUUCCGAGGAAGCCGUCACACAACAGCAGCUCCAAUAUCUGCAUUUCUUAGGUAAAGUCCUCGGAAGGUGUCUCUACGAGAAAGUCCUGAUAGACGUACAUUUUGCAGACUUCUUUCUGCACAAGUUGUUGAAUGCAUCCAAGAACAUGGUGUGCUCUUUUGACAACCUCUCCUCCUACGAUAAAGAACUUCACGACAAUCUCAACAAAUUGUUCGUAAUGUCAAAAGAAGAACUACUACAGCUGGACCUACGGAUGGAGAUCGUCGAUGAUUCUACCAAAAACCUUGUACAAUUAGUCCCUAAUGGAUCCAAGGUACCAGUAACCGACACAAACGUCCGUCAAUAUGCAAUGGCCAUCGCCAGCUAUAAGAUGAAUUCGAAACUUUAUAGGCCAACGCUGUACUUUCAAAUGGGCCUAUCUGUAAUAAUACCUUCCCACUGGAUAGAAAUGUUCAGCAGCACUGAGCUAAGCAACCUAAUUGCUGGAGAGGCGCGUGAUAUUGACCUUGCUGACCUAAAAUCAAACGUCUCUUAUGGUGACUAUUUAGAUACCGACCCUACAAUACGCUACCUAUGGGAGAUUCUUGCCGAAUUCAGUCCUGAAGAGCGUUGCAAGUUUAUCAAAUUUACAACAUCAGUACCAAGGGCUCCUUUAUUAGGUUUCCAAAUGCUUAAUCCAAAAUUUGGCAUUAGAAAUGCAGGGAGCGAUGCUACCAGACUUCCAACGGCUUCUACCUGUGUUAACUUACUUAAGUUGCCUGACUAUCAAAACAAAGAAUUGCUAAGGCAAAAACUACUCUACGCAUUAAACUCCGAGUCACGGUUUGACCUAUCAUGA